AUGAGCUCGGCAGUCCUUGACUGCGUCCCAAAUCCACUCCAACUCGACCGAAGCCAUGUCCUUAUGAAUAAGUUCCAAGGCCCAAAAGACUCUGAUGCGGACUACAAACUCGUCGUGGAAUCAAUUCUCUCCUUCCUCGAAGACAUCCGCAAGGGGACGCCGCUUGAGCAGGCAAAUGCGUGGAUACGCGAGAAGCACUACAACAAGGACAGGCUACGAAUCGAAAGGCUCUCCGGGGAUACUUUGCCGAUGGACAAAUGCUAUAUCAACCUCUCACUGAUAGAGUCGCCACGAGAUAACGACUCGAAACAGAGGUCUGGAGACCAUACACUUCAAUCCGAUCAAUUCUCCCUUGCUGCUCGGCUAAAGGUUGAAACGCCACACAAAGAUUCUCAGGUCGAGCUAUCAAAGCUCUUUGAGCCGCGAAAGAAACCAGACGGUCAGAUGAAAGAGCCAAGACGAAUCCUGAUCCGUGGUCGUGCCGGCGUCGGGAAGACUACUCUGUGCAAGAAGAUCGUACACGACUUCGUUGAAAUGGAGAUGUGGAACAGUCUGUUUGCUAGCGUACUCUGGGUACCGCUGCGCAACCUGAAAACGUGGAACGGUCCAAAGCACGGUCUGACGGGGAUGCUUCGUCAUAUCUAUCUACAGCAACAUCCAGACGACGCCUCUCUUGCCAGCGCCUUACAACAGCAUGUGGAGAAUUCCACAUCCCGCGGCACCCUUUUCAUCCUCGACGGUCUAGACGAAAUCUCCGAACUUUUAGACAAACGCAACCCUUCCAUGUUUGAUUUUCUUGUAGGGCUGCUGAACCGGAUGAACGUCAUCAUUACGACCCGGCCGCACGUCUCGAUUCCGUAUGAUUUCCAGAAACCUGAUCUGGAGGUGGAAACAAUCGGCUUCCGCUCUGAUCAGGUGGAAGAUUACCUCAAAGCAGUUUCGACCCCGGCAGUAUCCGAAAAUAUCCAAUCAUUCCUCCAGAAAAGCCCGCUGAUGCGAAGCCUCGUCCAUAUCCCGAUUCAGUUAGACGCACUCUGCAUUGUUUGGGACAAGACUCUGGUAAACAAUGAAGGGUUCAAGACGAUGACCCAAGUCUAUGAAGCUAUUGUGAAGCGGCUCUGGAGGAAGGAUAUCAAAAGAUUGAAAGAAUCACAGCCGCAUAUCGAGGCGUUGUCUUCGUCCGAGAUUGAGGACCAUACCAAGCAAGAGAUUUAUAUGCUUGAGUCUCUAGCUUUCAGCGGCAUGUACAGUAACUCUAUGAAACUAUGGGACGACUAUCAUUUCUACGGACAUCGGAUGGGUCAGCAGAUCCUGCUACCCGAAGCCAUCAUUUUCUACACCUAA